AUGAACCCCAAAGAUCUCCGUAGAACCCCGGGAGCGAAGAGGAGAGCGUUUGACUUUGCUAUAUCCAUUGGGGUCAUGACCAGCAUCAAGAAGACGCUGAACAACGCGCCACGGGUUUCGCUGUGUUGCGUGGUGGACCGGGCAGUCAAUCUGGUGGUUGUUCAGCAGUACCUCUUUCGGGGCCGGCCGACCGUUGUCGUCGUCAAGAAAUCUGCUAUCGACUUUGUUGUGGAUGUCCCAUGCAUAGCACUGCACUGGAGCCGCAAGCCCAUAGUGGCACGAAACGCUUUGCGCAGCUAUGAGCAGGUGACCUUGUCCGAGUGUUCUGUAUUUACUCAGCCGUUCUUCAACUUUAGCCCCGUCCUCCGCUCCGCGUUCGUGCCUUUCGCUCGAAUCGCACAUUCUUUGUUGAAUCGCAUCGAAAAUAAGGCGGACUUUGUGAAAGCAUCCCAAAGCGGCUACGGUCGCUUCGAGCAGCUCUUCAUGCCCGGACUAUUGACCCUGGGUUUGCAUAGCAACGACUGA